AUGUUAACCAACUGGUUCGCGCAACCCGCAGGCAAUCGAUCCUCCGUCGACGAAGGCAAGAUCGACAACGAUGACGAUACCCAGGUGAUGGAGCCGGAUCAGGGCAAUGUUCUCUCGCACAUCAUUUCCCAACUGCGCCCCGGCGCGGACCUCAGUCGCGUCGUCCUGCCUACCUUUAUUCUCGAGCCCCGAAGCAUGCUGGAGAGGAUAACAAACUUCAUGUGCCAUCCCGAGAUGCUCCUGCACAUCCCCACCAUCGACGACCCGACCGAGCGAUUCGUAUCCGUUGUCAAGUUUUACUUGAGCGGCUGGCACAUCCGGCCACCGGGAGUCAAGAAGCCGCUGAAUCCGAUCCUGGGCGAGAUCUUCUCCUGCUACUGGGACCUUGAAGACAACAAGCGCGCCUACUACAUCUCCGAGCAGACCUCACAUCACCCUCCCAAGUCGAGUUACUUUUACAUGGCGCCCCAUCACCACAUUCGAAUUGACGGAACGCUCAAGCCCCGAAGUAGAUUCCUGGGCAACUCUGCUGCCAGUUUGAUGGAAGGCAUUGCUUUCCUCUCCAUCCUGAAUCGGGGCAGCAACAAGGCCAAAGGAGAGCAAUACAUCUUGACACAGCCCAACAUGUAUGCGCGAGGAAUCCUAUUCGGCAAGAUGAAGUACGAGCUUGGCGACCAUAGCUUCGUACGGUGUCCCGAGCUCGAUCUGACCGCCGACAUUGACUUCAAAACAAAAGGCUGGGUUGGAGGCACCUACAAUGCUAUUGGCGGUGUCAUCAAGAGGGAAAGCACCGGCGAAGUGCUGUAUGAGCUUUCCGGUCUCUGGAGCGAGGAGAUGUUCAUCAAGGACAUGAGGACGGGCCAACGAGAAAUGUUCUUCGAUGCCCACAAGGCAAAGCCAAGCCCGCCGCUCUCACGGCCCAUCUCGGAGCAGGAAGAGCGGGAAUCCCAGCGACUGUGGGAAAAGACGGCCAAGGCUGUCAAGGAGCGCAACCACGAGCUAGCCACGGACGAAAAGACAAAGAUUGAGGACCGGCAGCGCGAGGAGGCUGCCCUCAGGGCCCAGGAGAAUAUCGAAUGGGUUCCGCGGCUCUUCCGAGCGGUUAGGAGCGGGCCUGGAGAGCCUGAGGAAGGCGAGGAAAGUUUGGAGUGGAUCAUCAAUGCCAACAUGUAUGUCUAA